AGCGCGAGCUCCCCGGCCUGAGCUUGACAGCACUGACAGGAAUGGCGGCUGUGAGCAGCAGACGAAGGAACCACAGGAGCCCGAAACUUCGCGUCUAACGGCCCCGCCGCGGAACCCGUCUCUGGCGACGCUCUCGCGCGCAGCUCGGCCUCGCGACCCAGCGGCCCGCGCAGUGGAACAGGCGCGCACUCGGAGCGGAGGGAGCCGCUUAGCUCGCCGCCGAGCCUCCAGCUGUUGGGCCACAAGUUCACUCCGUCAUCAACUCCAGAGCAGUGCGUGUGGACUUCCAUGCUGCACGCGCGCUGGCGACGUGUCUGACCGGGAGCGGGCUGCUGCUGCUGGACCUGACUGCUAGCGUUAGCUCCGACGCCGCUAGCUAACUUCCCCAAGUCUCGCCCCUUUUCUCGGAACCGGACCCCGGACCUUUGUUCUCGGGCGGGAUGGAGAGCCUGACGCUGAGCGAGGUGGAGCAGAAGUACUACUCGGAGCUGUUCGUCUACUGCGACACGGACAACACCAAGAAAGUGGCGUCCUACGGCAGAGUUCUGGAGCUGUUCCGGGCGGCCCAGCUGCCCAGCGAAGUGGUCCUGCAGAUCACAGAACUGUGUGGAGCCACUCGACUGGGCCACUUUGGCCGGAGCCAGUUCUACAUCGCGCUGAAGCUCAUCGCCAUCGCGCAGUCGGGGCUGCCGCUGCGAGUGGAGAGCCUCAACUCUGUCAAGGACCUGCCACUCCCGAGGUUCGUCGUCGGGAAGAAUGAGGCGGAAGCUCGACACGCUGCACUCUACCAGGACCCGGACGGACAGGGCCUGUACCCGGUGUCUGCCACCGGCGUCAUCCCCAGGCCGCCAGGCCGGGGGCACCAGAACAAGAAGGUCACCCCGGUGUCCAGCAGCCACCCCGUCCACGAGGUCAUCCAGCCCGGCCUGGACUCGCAGGCGCCCGAGCCCACGUCCCCGGUGGUCUCGCCUCACCAGUCCCCUCCCACAUCCCCCCACUCGUGGAGGAAACACAAGCGACAGCACAGCGGCGGGAACGUGGAGCGACAGCCGGCAGUGGCUCCGACGGGAGUCGCAUGGACUCAGUUCAGAGAAGCACAGACAGGCCCCGUGUCGGCUGACGGGAUGUGGCCGUCACACUCGCCUCCCCUUCCUGGGCAGGAGAGUUGGGUCAGCUUCACGGCGGACACGCCUCCCUCCAGCACAGUCCCGGCGAUGCACCCCUCUUCAGUCCAGCAGGAAAGCACAACGAUACGAACUGUGGCUUCAGCAGCGACAACCAAUGAGAUCCAGCGGCAGUCCAGCGCUUACGACGACCCGUGGAAGAUCACGGACGAGCAGAGACAGUAUUACAUCAACCAGUUCAAGACCAUCCAGCCGGACCUCACUGGUUUCAUCCCUGGUUCAGCUGCGAAAGAGUUCUUCACCAAGUCCAAGCUGCCCAUCCUGGAGCUGUCACACAUCUGGGAGCUUUCGGACUUUGACAAGGACGGAGCGCUGACCCUUGAUGAGUUCUGCGCCGCCUUCCACCUGGUUGUAGCCAGGAAGAACGGCUAUGAUCUUCCCGAGAAGCUUCCAGAAAGUUUGAUGCCAAAGCUGAUUGACCUGGACGACUCAGCAGAAGUGCCGGAGGCGGCUGCUGAUGUGGGCUACUCGACCUCCCCGGCGGAGGUGACCCCCAACAAGUCCCCCUCGAUGCCUUCACUGAACCAGGCGUGGCCAGAGAUGAACCAGACCAACGAGGACACGGCCAUCGUCCACCCCGUCCCCAUCAGGAUGACGCCCAGUAAGAUCCACAUGCAGGAGAUGGAACUGAAGAGGACCAGCAGCGACCACAACCAUCCGACCAGUCCACUGCUGGCCAAACCACCAGAGCUGUCUGAAGAAACCAAGCUGCCCACCACCAUGAAGUUUGUCCCUGCCAACGCCGUCGGUGACGGCUACAGCAGCUCGGACUCGUUCACCUCGGACCAGGAGCCCAUCACGAGACAGAGGUCCCAGUCCGGCGCCUCCCCCGAAGCCCUAAAGGUGGUGGCUCCGCCCCCUCCUCCCCCACGCCCUCACCCCUCCCACUCCCGCUCCUCGUCCCUGGACAUGAACCGCACCUUCGCCGCCGGCGCCGCCCCUGGCCAGACGGCGGCCUCCGCCGCGGCCUUCCCGCCUGCCGUGCCUCCUCGCCCGCUGCCCACUCAGACCUCGGCGCCUCACGGUGGUCACCGGGGGGAGGUAACGGAGGGAGUGCCAGGAGGGGGCGCCACCACCUCCCCGCAGCAGAUUCCCCAGCAGCCAAACUUUGCAGACUUCAGUCAGUUCCAGGCCUUCGCCGCGUCGGAGCAGCCGCCCAGUCUGCCAGAGCCGGAGAAACCCAGCGAGCCGGGGCAGGUGGAGAAGCCUCCCGAAGGGGCGGGGCCUCUGCGAGCCGUGAAGAGCGACGACGACAGGAGUGCAGCCUCCGUCUGCUCGACCAAGUCGGCGUCCGGGCCGCUGGCCCCGCCUCCCAAGCCUAUCCGGCGGAGGUUGAAAUCCGAAGACGAGCUGCGGCCGGAGGACGAGCCGCUGGGCCCUCAGAAGUGCAGCCUGAUCGCGGCGGUUCUGGCCACGCAGCCCUCCAUCCCCCGGUCCGUCGGCAAAGACAAGAAGUCCAUCCAGGCGUCCAUCCGAAGGAACAAGGAGACCAACACGGUGCUGGCCCGGCUCAACAGCGAACUGCAGCAGCAGCUGAAGGACCUGCUGGAGGAGCGCAUCUCCCUGGAGGUGCAGCUGGAGCAGCUUCGGCCCUUCUCCCACCUCUAACCGGGCCUCUGGACCUGGCACACGUGGAACCAGCUGGAAGGACCUGUGGUGGGAGACUGGGGUCAGGGGUCGCGUUCAGAAGGAGCGGCGAAGAAAGUGAGGACUGCGGACGGCUGUGACUGAAGAGACUGUAUGUAUGUAUGUAUGUAUGUGUGUGUGUGUGUCUGUCUCCUGCAACAGUUUCCAUCAGGGACUCUGUUGGUGGCCGAGUGUCUCGAGCUGCUCAGUCCCGAUGGAGCAACAGUUCUGGGUGUGGCAGCUGUGUCGGCGUCCACACCAUCUGGUCGGACUGUGGCGAGCUGCAGUGACCCGGUCCUCAUGGAGUGUGUGGUGGCUGCUUCACUGUGACUCUCUGUGUGUGUGUGUUGAACGAAAAAGCCAAAUGGACUAAAGGGCCCCUCCCCCGGUCCCUCCGAGUGUGUGGCCCGGAAGGUCCGGACGGCGCCCCGCCCGCGGGCCGGCCCGGCGGAGAGCAGAACUAUGCAAGUGUGGACGAGGAUCCGCAGGGACUCUUCCGAUCGUAGCAACCGUCUGAGUGUCUCAGAUCUUCCAGAACAUCUGUGAUUCUUCUUCUGCCUUCUUCUCCUUUGGUACCUUCGGAUCAGUUCUGGGGACGGACGAGUCCCCUGCGCGGUUCUGGAGACCCGAAAGACCCGACUGCACUUUGAACCAUUUUGUCUUUCAUGUGAAUUAGAAGCUUUAAGAAGAACUUUAGUGUCUCUUCACUCCAGUCUGGAAUCUCGUCCUUUCACCGCCGUUCUGUUUCCUGAAGCCUUACUCCCCCUAGUGGUCAUUGUGUGAUAGCGUCGUAGGUCUGUUAGCACAACAGCGCCCCCUGCCUCCGUCCCGGAGCCCUCACCUGCUGACUAACGCCAGAGCGGCUGGUAUUUAAUUCUUCCUCUGGGCUGCUGCAUGGACGAGCCCCAGCUCUGCAGACGACUAGCGGCGGUGUGGUUUUUACACGUGAAAUAAAAACGGCACAACAUUUUAACCUCCGCGGCUGCAGCGCCUCAUUUCCUGUCCCGGCCCGGGGGUGGAGUCUCAGACACGAUUCAUGUGGGAAGGAUCCGAGUCAUUGGUCAUGGAACGCCUUCCUCGGUGAUGACGUCAUCUUUCAGGUAAAUAGUAUUGUUUCCGUGUUUCCAUGACAACAGCGUGUACUCUGUGUAGAAUGUAUCAUUUCUCGUGAAAACAAUGACUGACACGUCCCUUCCGGUUGUUUUUCAUUUUCUGACUUGCCAUGUUUGAUUUUUCCUGCGGGAGUUGGGUGGCGGAUGCCUGAUGCUUCUGGAUGAUAACGAAAUAAUAAAAUAAAGCAACAAACCCAAGCGCAGGACGGUGAAACGGCCACGGUUCUGAUGGUGAUAUGGAUCAAAUAUUUGGGGUUUUAGGAUCUAAUUCCGCUCGGUUAUUUGCCAAGUCACGUGAUCUGAAAUGGCUGGGACAAACGAAACGGCUUCAGCGUGUAGAAAUGUUUUAGAUGCAAAAAGACGUUUCAUUGCACUUAUUCAGUCACUUAAGAUCAUUGACUUGAAGUGCUGCAAUUCAAUUCAUGUGAUUCAUUUUACAAGAGUGAAGUCGAAUUGUCAGUGUUUUUGAUCAGAUUCUCAGUUUCCUGAUCAUCUCUCAUCAGAAGUUGGUCUCAUAGUUUCCCAAGAACCUGACAAUUGAGUCUGGAAGUGACACGCGGGAGAGUGGCGCUGAGUGUGAGGGCUUUAUUGGGCUGAUUCUGCAGCGGAGCGUCAGAGGUGCAGGGACCCGAGCCGCGGCGGGCGGGUCUGAAGCCUGGCAGGAGGUCAGUGGUGCCUCGGGCAGCACCAGCUGGUCUACAGGACUCUACAGGGGCUCUACGUGUGGCCUUCAGGGCCUGCAGGACGUUCCUGUCCUCUGGAAUUCACUUGAGAACCCUGCAACAGAAGACGCUUCGGUUACCCGGGGGCGGGUCCCGAGCCUGGUUCCGGUUCCUGGCACUCACACACUGCUCUCCUUGUAGCGGUCCAGAGCCUUCUGAGCCACCACCUCCGGGAACUUGGGGUCAUUCCAGGGAAGGUCGCCCGGGAUGCUGAUGUUCAUGGGCGAGUCGAAGAUCUGCAGGGACACGUCGGUCUCCGAGCUGGGCUGGUCCGGCUCCGGGUCCUUGCAGGUCACCUGCGGGAGGCGGCGGGCGGGUUUACCAGGUGCGGCCCACGGACCCAGGGGCGCCCCCUACCUACCCCCUGGACGGUGAAGGGGCUGUGGCGCGUGGUGUUGGCGAGCGCCGAGACCCAGCCGAACUGCCUGUUGAACAGGUCCAGCAUGGACGAGGUGGCGAACAUCUUCUCCUCCAGUUCCUUCAGCACGUCGUCGUAGUGGCGCGUGAAGCGCUCGGCCG